UGUCCGAACGUUUCUGAAUUCAUGUCGCGUCAGAAGGACCACGGUCUCAUCGUGUGAACAUAAUAUAUUUCGACUGGCGACGAUUAAAUAAAGAAUUGAUCAUCGAAUAAGUCAUAACUUAUAAAUACAGUAUUACGUUGGUCAUUCGACAUUGGCGUUCCGCGAUCGCUAUAAAUCUAAACCGGUACCGUUCUCUAGAUGCUUUUUACAUGCCGCCGGACAAACUUUACUCAAAAUAAGUCCGUGUUAUCGAGUCACACAGCUAUCGGUAGAUAAAGAGUUAAGGCACAGAUCUCUCGAUUCCAAGUAUUCAAGGUGAUGCCUUAGUCGCCGUCAUGUCCACGGUCGCGGUCAAUGUUCAAGCAGAAAAGAAGAUCGUUUGCUACUUCGGUAGCUGGACCGUCUAUCGACCAGGGAACGGGAAGAUUGAGAUAAAGGACAUCGACCCGAGCCUUUGCACGCACAUGAUCUACAGUUUCGUUGGUCUUAACACGGAUGGUACCAUUAAGAUCAUGGACCCUUGGGCCGAUUUGCCUGACGGCGGAGGCAAAGACGGCUUCGGCAAGUUCGUCGCUCGCAGCAAACAGGGCGGUGCCAAAGCUAUGAUCGCGAUCGGUGGCUGGAACGAGGGUUCUGCCAAGUAUUCCCAGGUAGUUGGCAACCCGGGACUCCGGUCCCAGUUCGUUCGGAACGUGGUCAGUUUCCUGCAACGGUACAAGUUCGACGGUUUCGACGUCGACUGGGAGUAUCCUAACCAGCGCGGUGGCCAAUGGAGCGACCGAGAGAACUUUGUGGCUCUGUUGAGGGAGCUGAGACAGGCUUUCGAUAGCCACGGUUACACCCUCAGCGUGGCCGUUGGCGCCGCCGAGAAGUCUGCUUCUCAGUCCUAUAUCAUUAAUCAAGUGGCUCAGUAUGUUCACUUCAUCAACUUGAUGACCUAUGACAUGAACGGAUCCUGGAACAAUUGGGUUGGCCUCAAUGCCCCUCUCUAUGCUGCUACUCGGGAAAAAGGAGAGCAAGCUAAACUCAACGUUGACGCUUCCGUCCAUUACUGGCUCUCUCAAGGUGCUCCCGCUGACAAGAUCGUUCUUGGUAUUCCAUCCUAUGGAAGAACCUUCACUCUGGCGAACGCUGACAACAACGAUAUAGGCGCUCCAGCGGCUGGUCCCGGAACUGCUGGCCCAUACACCAGAGAGGCGGGCAUGCUCGGCUACAACGAAAUUUGCGAAUUUAUUCGCCAAGGGAGUUGGAACGUUCGUAGAGAACCCCAGCAGCGUGUGCCUUAUGCUGUCAAGGGCAACCAGUGGGUUGGAUACGAUGAUGUCGAAUCCGUUCGUGAGAAGUGCGAGUACAUUAAUCAUCUAGGACUCGCCGGUGCUAUGAUGUGGAGCGUCGAAACUGACGAUUUCCGUGGCAAUUCUGGGAAGAAGUAUCCUCUUUUAACUAUCAUGAACGAUGUUCUGAGGGGCCGUGUAUCUAGCGUGUCUUAAAUACCGCCUAAUCCACCACGAACUCAUACCAACUUUAAAAACUAACAUCAGAGGGUAUUUUCGCGACCCCACCCCAAUGACUGCUCUACCUUGUACUAUUGAACGAACAAGAGUGUGAAACGACAAUUUGAGUCACACCAGUUGCACUGCUCGCGUGGACUCAUUUCUGCAGCGGCUACCCUCAGCAGCAACUAUGUACAUAGAGAGAGAAAGCAACGUACUACUGAACCGCGCAAUUCAAAUGAAUCGAUUGUUACACCCGAACAGUUUUUGUGAUGUGAACAUUUUGUAACUUAAAAACGUUUUAAUAAAAAAAUAUCGUGAAAUAAA